AUGGCUGCACGAGCACCAGCACAACGAGCUGCUCCAGGCGGCGCUGCAAAGAUUUGUCAAUUCAAACUUGUACUACUUGGCGAGUCUGCUGUCGGCAAAUCAAGUCUUGUCCUCCGCUUUGUCAAGGGCCAGUUCCACGAUCGCCCUGCUCCCCUGCCCCUUGUGGGCAUGCUGGUGCUUUGUGACCUUCUGCAGCAGCAGCAGCAGCAGCAGCAGUCACCUUCCGCGUUCUUGACCCAGACCGUCUGCUUGGAUGACACCACUGUUAAGUUCGAGAUUUGGGAUACCGCAGGCCAAGAACGAUACCACAGCCUUGCGCCCAUGUACUACCGCGGCGCGCAGGCUGCGAUUGUUGUCUACGAUGUCACAAACGCCGACACGUUUGCACGCGCCAAGACCUGGGUCAAGGAGUUGCAGCGCCAGGCGUCGCCCAACAUUGUCAUUGCUCUUGCUGGUAACAAGGCUGAUCUGAGCGUCAAGCGUGUUGUCGAGUACGAGGAGGCGAUGGCGUAUGCCGAAGACAACGGCCUGCUCUUCAUGGAGACCUCGGCCAAAACUGCUAUGAACGUGAAUGAGAUUUUCCUUGCCAUUGCCAAGAAACUGCCAAAGACCGAUUCGCGCGGACCCGGUGGUGUGGCCGCACCCGGUGGUGCUCAGUCUGGCAACGUCGAGCUCAAGCCCGACGGCGCCAAGGCAGCUGGUGGCAAGUGCUGCUAG